UAGAAAGUUGAGAGAAGAAUAAUAGCACCAUAUUUGUAACUCUUAAGCAUAAGCAAUGGCAAGUGCCUUUGUCCUCCUAACCUUGUUUAUGUUCACGGUAGUGAUGUCCAUGUCUCUGCCUAAGGCAACCGCCGUAGGCGACCAUCGCCUAAGGUUGGUGGCAAUGAGAGCAAGAAGUUGCCAAGGCUCCAUAGAAGAGUGCAUGGAAGAGGGUGAGUUGGUGGGGAUGGAGUUUUCAUCAUCGCACAGGCGCAUUCUAGCAACGUCGCAGUACAUAAGCUAUCAAGCGCUGCAGCGGAACACGGUACCAUGCUCUCAAAGAGGUGCUUCCUACUACAACUGCAAGCCAGGUGCAGAGGCUAAUCCUUAUACCCGUGGUUGCGCCACCAUCACUCGUUGCCGCAAUAGUUAGCACCAAUUUCUUGCAUCUUCUUAUGGACUCACCAUCAAGUUUCUUAUGUUAUUCCUAUAUGUACUUAUCAUUAUCAGGCUUGUUCUGUUUUAAUAUGUUUGUGCUUUUUCAUUUGAUAAAAUUUCCACCGGAGAUUUCCAUGGAAACAUGAAUGAUAUAUCUACAUAUAAUA